AAGUUUUUUUAGAGGAAAAUGCAGGGCUAGUCUGUUGGCCUGACGUCAGAUGUCGAUUUGACAAACCCCCCCGGGGGCUGAGGAAGGCUCUCCGAUGCUCUGAUGGGCCAGCCCAGUCCUGGCCCAGCUCCCUGGAGAGGUAUCUGCAUCCUCUGGGCUGAGCCGUAGCUCCUGUGACGCUGACUUCCAGGCAUGAGGUGGCUCCUGCCCUGGACGCUGGCAGCCGUGGCAGUCCUGAUGGUGGGCAACAUCCUGGCCACGGCCCUCUCUCUAACUCCCACAACCAUGAUCUUCACUCCAGCCCCACUGGAGGAAACCACCACACGCCCCGAGUUCUGCAAGUGGCCAUGUGAGUGCCCACAGUCCCCACCUCGCUGCCCACUGGGCGUCAGCCUGAUCACAGAUGGCUGUGAGUGCUGUAAGAUUUGUGCCCAGCAGCUCGGGGACAACUGCACAGAGGCUGCCAUCUGUGACCCACACCGGGGCCUCUACUGCGAUUACAGUGGGGACCGCCCGAGGUACGCAAUAGGAGUGUGUGCACAGGUGGUCGGUGUGGGCUGCGUCCUGGAUGGCGUGCGUUACACCAAUGGCGAGUCCUUCCAGCCCAACUGCAGGUACAACUGCACCUGCAUUGAUGGCACAGUGGGCUGCACCCCGCUGUGCCUGAGCCCCAGGCCCCCACGCCUCUGGUGCCGCCAGCCCCGGCACGUGAGAGUCCCUGGCCAAUGCUGUGAACAGUGGGUGUGUGAUGAUGAUGCAAGAAGGCCACGCCAGACUGCACUGCUGGACACCAGAGCCUUUGCAGCUUCAGGCACAGUGGAACAACGGUAUGAGAACUGCAUAGCCUACACGAGCCCCUGGAGCCCCUGCUCAACCACCUGUGGCCUAGGCAUCUCAACACGGAUCUCUAACGUCAAUGCCCGGUGCUGGCCAGAGCAGGAAAGCCGCCUCUGCAACCUGCGGCCGUGUGAUGUGGACAUCCUACCACACAUCAAGGCAGGGAAGAAAUGUUUAGCUGUGUACCAGCCAGAGGAGGCCACAAACUUCACUCUCGCCGGCUGUGUCAGCAUACGCACCUAUAGACCAAAGUACUGUGGAGUCUGUACUGACAAUAGGUGUUGCAUUCCCUACAAGUCCAAGACCAUCAGUGUGGAUUUCCAGUGUCCGGAGGGGCCGGGUUUCUCCCGGCAGGUCCUAUGGAUUAAUGCUUGCUUCUGCAACUUGAGCUGCAGGAAUCCUAACGAUAUCUUUGCUGACUUGGAAUCUUACCCUGACUUUGCAGAGAUUGCCAAUUAGGUAGGUGUGUGGCUUGGGGUUCAGCUCCAUGGUGUGAUGCAGCCAGCCCUUUGGGGCCCAGGACUUCACAAUUGAGCCUUAUUUCAUCUACUUCCUACUCGAUUCUGAAUUCCCUGAUCCUGUCCCUCAGUUUCUGUUCCUGUUUUGACCAUCCCAAUGGCCUGCUGCUCAGGCUCAGACAAUGGGUCCCUCCUUGGGGACAUUCUACAUCACUCCAAAGAAAACACAUCUCUGAACUGUUCACAAUGAAAGCCAAGCCUGACCCAGCCAGUCUGGCUCCAGCCUGUACAAGCUGUCAGAAAUCCUGAUGGGACUCUCCAAGGAAAAGCAUCAGCUGAAGAACCAAUAUCAUAGACUCCUUCAGAUGCCAAGCCUGAGGAUGUUGGGAUCCUUUCAGACAGAUGGAUGGGACUGGGGACACAGUAGUAAGCUAUCAUCCCUUGCCAAAUGAUACUAUCCUGAGUAUUUUUGCCUAGAGCAUACCAAACGUGCUCUCGUUCCAAAGAUCUGUAUAUCACAAGUCACCAAACAUUUUCCAGGUGAAGACAAUAGUUGUACCAUUUUGAUUUGCAAUUGAAAAUCAUUUUUUAAAGAAAAAAGGGAAAAGAAAAAAAAGAACCAUUUUCAUUAACCUGGGCAAUUUCUCCCCUCAUCCUGUACAGUAUGAAGGGCUCAAAUUGGGUUUGGGUUUGUGUUGAUCAGAAAUGUAAUUUGAGAAGUUUUAUUUUUAUAAUUGAGGGGUAGAUGGCAGCCCCCAUUCAUCUCAUAGGGAAGGGACAAGGCCAGCCAAUCUCACAAGCCACAGCUAGUCAGGCCACUGAAUCUGCUGCUGACCAAGUCCUUAGGACAAUUAGCCAAAUCUGGGCCUUUCUCCCUGGGAUUCAUGGGAGAUGUUAGGGACAUUAGGGUGACUUGUCUAUUGUCUCAAAAAGUAAUCUAAAACAGUGGAAUGAUGGAAGAUGUCCUCAUGGCCCUUAAAGAUUCUUUUGAAGUCUACACCAGACCUAACAUAAUAUAUGCAUCAAACAAACAAGUGGAUUACCCUUCCCUGGCCUGGGUAGCCUCUAGCAAGAGUGGUAAGGCCACAAUAGUUCCUGGGUCCAGGACACAUCUCUUUUGUUUCAGUGACCUACUUCACAGCCUUAGUGUCUGUGAAGAAAAAUAACUCAAUGUUUUUAAUCUGAAGACAAAAGUUGACCAGCCAUUUAGAAAUGGAGAUCUAUUUAACUGUGGUUAACACUGAAGAGUUUGUAAGCUGAAGAAAGAGAUUUUUUUUUCCUAAGUGGUAGUGAGGUUGUUACCUAUUUUAGUAGUGGAAUGUAAAAUUUCCUGUCAUCAUUCUCUUAUUGAGUUUGUUCUACACGGUACCCAUUGUUCUCAAUAUCUGCCACACAUUUGCUCAUUGAAACUUUGUGAUAACACAGAGGGCUUCCCUUCAUAAUUUCUGUUCCUGACACUGUGAAAUAUAAGUUCAAAGAGGCUAAGAAAUUCAAAGUCAUCCAUCUGGAGAUUCAUAGCCCAGAUAGAUCACCUUCAUAUUUCCCCUUUGCUUCUAGACCUUCCAAACAUGUCAGGGCAGGAAAGUAUACAGAAGUCAGCAAUUUGCCCUCUUAAUGUUGUCUCUCUAGCCCCUUUCAUACCAGAGAAGUAUGAAAGAGUAUAUCUAGGUACUAAAGAGCCAACCUAAACUGGACAGAAAAGGGCAUGUACAUCAUUCCCUGUGGUCCUCCUGCCCUGCAAUCAGAACCAGCUUACAGUAUACGUCUUUUCAUAAGAUGAUUCAGUUUGCCUCAUACCACACAUGGUGGGCAUAUGGGAGAACUGUACACACACACACACACACACACACACACACACACACACACACACGUGCACAUGUAUUCAUAAGUAGGAAAGGGGACUUGGGAUUUCCUCCUCCUUCCUGCAACUUCCCAAAGGCCUGGCCUUAUACAAGGCAAACAGUGGUGCUCACAAUGUAUUUAAUGAUGAAGAUACUUUAUAUAUAGAUACCCUUAUUUUUCCUUAGAAGCCUUUUCUUCCAGAAUCUCAUCUUACCAGUGAAAAUCCUCUCUUAAAUGUGGCUUAGUAGUUUGAAUAAAUGUAUGUUCAUAUGUGUAUAAGAGCUUGCAUGUAAAGAUAAGUUACCAUUGUGGAUUACCAAUUAUGUAAAUGUUAUGUGUAUCAUGUUAGAUUUUUUUAGAUUGGAAAAAUCUGUCUUAACUGCUAACUCUGUAAAAAAAAACUUCCAUAGGAGCCAUUAGCUAGGGUCUUACCAGGUAUCCAUUCUCAUUUGGGAAACUGAGCUGAGCAUCUUCAAAGGAGUUAGGGUGAUCAUUGGGAAGAGGAGAAAGGAGUGGCCAGAGUAACUCCAUUGUUAUUAAGAAAUGGACCUAGCAUACAUAAGGACCAGAGGAACAAAUGACCUUAGAACCAAGGGGAAAAGACUUGGAUGUAACAGAAAGAAGCUCUUUCUAAUAGUCAGAAACAGCCUGUUAUGGUAUGGCCUGGUUCAAGGAAAGUUAAGAAUAUCAAUUAUAGUUAAAAACAAACGUUCGUUUAUCGGUAGCUUAUUUGGUGCUAAGUCCUAUGGUGCAUUUUAUCAGGUUAUCAGUUAGCAGAGCCAUGCUCAGUACACAACCUUUCUCCAUUCAAUAAAUAAACUCUGAAGCUCAAAGGCACUGAGGAGCUGAGGCUGAGACACAUGUUUAGUUCACUCUAUCAGGGGAAGAGAUCUUGACAGAACCUAAGUGAUUACUACUGGAGACUCACAUUUGCAAGUCUUUAGAGGCCUCAGUCCCAGUCCAUCCCCAAAUGCUUAGAAACUAAAGAGGCAAUGAGGAUGCACUAACCUUCAGUGAAGAGGUUCACUGUUGCACCAAGAGUGCAUUUCUUGGGUGUGCUUACUCUUUGGACAGGGAGACCUGAGCUUGGGAACCUGCAGCUUACUAAACCUUAAGAUUAGCAUUUGGGGAGCUCUGAGCAAGCACCAGCCAAGACUGUUACUCGGUGCUUUACUAACACAGCUUACUUAAUCCUUUCAGUGAGCCCAAGAGUCAUGGCAUAAUCCACUGCCCAUUUGAGGGCUAAGAAAGCAAAGUCUCCAGGAGUUAAGGGAUUUGCCCAAGUUCUUAGCAACUGAGGCACUGCCGACAAACUCCGAAAGCCCAGGGCCAUGUGACACACCCAUACCAUCUCUCCUGACACCUGGCCCAUAUUCCUGUUCCUAAACCAAAGGCUUCAGAGUCACCAGAGUCAAUUCACAGGACAGUGCAGAAAUUCUAAUUUUGAGGGCAAUUAAAGGAUUGAUCAAAGAAAGUAAUUUCAAACGAUAUGAUUGCAACCACCCUAAUAAAUUCUGAUCUACAUAUGCAUAGAGAUGGUGGAGAACAUUACAGCCUGUGACUAUAGCGUUGACUGCUGUCAAUUCUUUUUAAAGACUUGUUUUUUGACUCAAAGGAGCCACAGUGACAGCCCUGAAUGGUUGAGAAGCAGAAGGUCAUGAUUAGCUGUGUGUCCCUGCAUAUGUAUGUGUGUAUAUUUGUAUGUCCAUAUCUAUUUUCAAACUGUGAUUGAGUAUUUAAAUAUUCCGACUGCCAUUUUGUAAGUGAAUACACAUGAAGAAAUCCCUUUGAAUUUCCUAAUAGAAAAGAGCCAGCCCUUGGGCGGCCUGUCAUGUUUUACCACAUUCCUCCUUUUUCUCAUGAUCUGUGUAGCAGGGAAUGUGUUUGUUCAACCAUGAUGAGUUUUUCAUUGUUCAAAUUCUUUGUUUACAGCUUUUCUCCUUAAAGCAAUAAAUCAUCAGCAAAAGUGAA